AUGGUGGAUAUUUCAUUCCUCUAUCAGACUGUUCUCUUCCUCAUCCCUUGCCUGCUGCCGGUUAACGCGCAAUCGCUGUCCUCGGAUCAUGGAGUAUAUUCGUCUCUCCUGUACGACUGGGGUCUAUUGGGCCUUUAUCCGCAGCAGUCAUACAAAUCCUGGUCGGGAACGGCGCCCCUCUUGAAUUUCAAACGUUGGGACGAACGCUGCGCCGACUCCGGGUUGACCUUCACGUCGCCACGCGGGCACAUGGUAUCCGCGCCCGGGCCUCUGAUCAUGGACUCGCGCGGUGAAUUGGUGUGGGCGGAGGACAAGUACGGCCAAGCCAUGGAUUUCAAGGUCCAACAAUAUCGCGGACACAACUAUUUGACAUUCUGGACGGGGUCGGAUACGGGCACCUUCGGUUCGGGCUCGUAUGUGAUGCUGGAUUCGGCGUACCGGGUGUACAAGACGGUGAGCCCGGCCAAUGGCCUGACCGGCGACUUGCAUGAAUUCGAAAUCACACGCAAUCGCACGGCGUUGAUGACGGUGUACGACCCCACCCCGGCAAACCUGUCGGCCUUCGGCGUUGUCGGGCAAGGCUGGAUUUACGACAGCGUCUUCCAGGAAGUCGACAUCGAGACCGAUGAGCUGAUUUUCGAAUGGCGUGCGUCAGAGCACCAUGAGAUCCAAGACACGUUCCACACCAUUGAGGCCGAAGCGCAGCGUCCAGACACCUCAGGUCGCAGGAUCUCGCAUAUCGGCGAAAGCCCUCAGACGGCGUGGGAUUUCUUCCACAUCAACAGCAUCCAAAAGGACGAGGAAACGGGGAAUUACUACGUCUCCUCGCGGUAUAUGCACGCGGUUACAUGCAUCAGCCCGCGUGGCGACGUCCUCUGGAUCUUGGGCGGGAAAAGAAACCAUUUCACAGACCUGUCCCAGGGCCGGGCGACGAAUUUCUCAUUUCAACAUCAUAUGAGGAUGCAUGAGAAUAACACCGUCACUCUCUUCGACAAUGGGAAAUAUGACCACCUGUUCGAGAACGCCGAGUAUAGUCGAGGAUUGGUGAUUUCGCUGGAUCUGGAGAAGAUGACAGCCACCCUGGUCCAAGAAUACGUGCAUCCCGACCACCGGCUCGUGGGGAGUCAGGGGUCGAUCCAGCUCCUCCCUGAGUCGGGCCGUGCGCUCGUCGGCUGGGGCUAUGUGCCUGCAUAUACAGAAUUCGACACGCAGGGUGAAGUCUUGUGUGACGUGCACAUUGCCCCGUCAAUCUUCUGGGGGCUCGGAUGGGUGAAAUCGUACCGCACGUUUCGUACUUCUUCGUGGGUUGGGAAACCCACGACACCGCCAGACUUGUACCUCCGACCGCGAGACGAGAGAGCAUACGUGAGUUGGAAUGGUGCGACCGAGGUGCACACCUGGGUCCUCCAGGGCCGUGCAGAAACAGAAACUGAGAUACGAAGAGGUCUAAAUGGCACCGAAGACGACUCAUACCACGACCUGGCGCAUAUCAGGAAAGAAAAGUUUGAGACGUCGUUUCAACUCCAGGCGGACAUGGCACGGUACCUGCGCGUGGCAGCAUUGGAUCGACAAGGCCACGUUCUGGGUUAUACCAAUGUUGUUGACCGAACGAUCGGAAAUGCACCCUCGGAGGGAGACUUUCGUUUUGUCGUCGCCACCUGUGCCUUAUUCGUCGGGUUCUGCUUGGGCUGGUAUUUGUGGAAUCGGCGAAAGCCUCUGUCCGGUGUGAAGGAGAGGUGGAAGAACCCGGUUUCGUAUCUCUGGCAUCGAAAGUCAAGCAUCAUCACGAGGAGAAACCGCAAUCCCGAAAAGGAGACAAUGCCCCUGCAGACGGGCUGGGACGAGGAAGGGGACGACGACGAUGUUGAAGAUGGCACAGAAGAUAUUGAACAAGCACUUUCCUCGUGUGCACGACCGGGGCUAUGA